AUGUCUCGCCAGUCUUGUGCUCUUAGCAUUGGAGGAGGGAACAGGAACUUCAGCUCCAGCUCUGCUUGUUUCGGGGGUGGGAACAAAGUUGGCUUCAACACUGUUUCCACGACCCGUGGAUGCUCCGUCCGUGGUGGCAGCGGAGGUGGUGGUUUCGGCAGCAGGAGCCUAUAUAAUCUAGGGGGCAACAAAAAAAUCUCCAUUGGUGGCUUUGGUGGUGGUGGCUUUGGUGGUGGUUUUGGUACCUGUGGCCGAGGGGGUGGAGGCUUUGGAGUGGGCAGUGGCUUUGGUGGAGGGUUUGGUGGAGGGUUCGGAGGAGGAUUUGAUGGUACAGGCGGCCCUGGAUUUCCAGUCUGCCCACCCGGGGGCAUCAAAGAAGUGACCAUCAACCAGAGCCUCCUGCAGCCCCUCAAUCUGGAGAUAGACCCCGAGAUCCAAAAAGUGAGGUCAGAAGAGACGGAGCAGAUCAAGACGCUCAACAACAAAUUUGCCUCCUUCAUUGACAAGGUCCGUUUUCUAGAGCAGCAGAAUAAAGUUUUGGAGACCAAGUGGAGACUCUUGCAAGAACAGGGUCAAGGAACUGGCACUGGUCAAAAGAACCUUGACCAGCUUUAUGAUGUGUAUAUUGCCAACCUUCGGAGACAGCAGGAUUGUCUUCAGAAUGAGCGGAGAGGGUUGGAUUCAGAGCUUAAAAACUUCCAAGACCUUGUGGAGGAUUACAAGAACAAAUACGAAGAAGAAAUCAACAAGCGCACUGCUGCAGAGAAUGACUUUGUGCUCUUGAAAAAGGAUGUGGACGCUGCUUACAUGAACAAAGUAGAACUGCAGGCAAAGCUGGAAGCUUUGACAGAUGAAAUCAACUUCCAGAGAUGUCUAUGUGAAGCGGAACUGAGCCAGAUGCAGCAGACCGUUUCCGACACCUCUGUUGUGCUUCAAAUGGACAAUAACCGAAACCUAGACUUGGACAGCAUCAUUGCAGAGGUCAAAGCUCAGUAUGAAGAGAUUGCCCAGAAGAGCCGAACAGAAGCAGAAUCAUGGUACCAUUGCAAGUAUGAAGAGUUGCAGGCAUCAGCUGGAAUACAUGGUGACAACCUACGAGACACUAAGGCUGAGAUCUCUGAGCUGAACCGAAUGAUUCAAAGGCUACGAUCUGAAAUAGACAAUGUGAAGAAGCAGUGUGAGAAGCUGCAGGCCUCUAUUGCAGAAGCUGAGGAGCGAGGUGAGCUGGCACUCAAGGAUGCCAGGGACAAACUGACGGAACUGGAGGAAGCUCUGCAGAAGGCGAAGGAAGAAAUGACCCGUCUCUUGAAGGAAUAUCAAGAGCUGAUGAGUGUCAAGAUGGGACUUGAUAUGGAAAUCUCCACCUACAGGAAACUGCUGGAAGGAGAGGAAAGCAGGAUGUCUGGAGAGUGCCAAAAUGCUGUGAGCAUCUCUGUAGUUGGAGGUACUAGCACCUCUGCUGGCGGAUAUGGAGGAGGAUUAUGCUAUGGAGGAGGAUCUGGCGGUCUUAGUGGCUUCAGCUCUGGAAGUGGAAGAGGUCUGUGCAACAAAGGAAUCGGAGCUUGCUCUGUAGGGGGAGGAUAUGGCUCCGGAGGAGGCUCCGGCUCCGGAGGAUAUGGUUCUGGAGGCACCAUUGUGAAAAAAACCACCACAUCAUCCACCUCCUUCACGUCCUCAAGCAGGAAACCAUAAACAGAGGCAAUGAUGACACAGCCUUGGAUGAAGAAACAUCACUGAUUUCAGCCAAGCCACAGAACCCAACCUUGGCAUCCUUCAAAGGAAUGAACUGCAUCCAAUAUGACCACUAUGCCUAUUUUUCCAAAACCCCUUUAUGCCUUGCAUACUUUGUCCCUAAACUCUUUGUUGAUACAUUUCAUGCUACCAUUUACAGACCAGGAACCAGUCAGGUUAACAGAUAUUGAACAUACUAAUGCUGUGUUUGCAUGAACAAAAGGAAAGAGCAUUAAGUAAUUCUACAGAGGUUAUUCAGGACAGUGUAUCUUACUUCUGUACCAUUCACACAUCCUUUAUGUACAGGAGUACAGUUUCCAUGUAGCCUCUACAAGGAGAAUCAUGUUUUGCCCCUGCUUUCAAGAAGGGAGAUGGUCCUUCUCUCGAUGGUGGAGUGAGGUGGUACCCUGACAAGGGCUAGAAAAGGUUUUAUUCUGGUUGGGUCAGGUUAAUGUGAGGAAGCAAUUUUAAGAGUUGGGACAUGUGCUUCUCUGAAAGGCUAAAGAAUAGUUUGUUCUGCUGUUUUGCCCCCAUUCUAAUUCUUCUGUCAAUGAGACCUGAACAGGAAAUAACGUAAGUUAAAGGAACUGUUCAUGUGAAUGUAGUCUUAGCUUUUUGUGUAUUCAUGCAGAUGAAUAUCCUUUCUGGUCCUCUUCUGUGAUUAUCUGCCAGCAUAUGUAAAAUAUCUGCAGCUAAACAUAGGGACACAACCCAGGUAAAGUGAAGCUCGUUUAAAUCUCUUUGAAUUCAAUAGGAGAGUUAAGCACAUGAUUAAUCACUCCCUUUGAAAUAAAUAAGACUUACACGUGCUUAACUUUGACCAGAUGGUGUCUCAAGUAUGCUUUCUGGGUGGGAUAAUGGCCCUAAAAACCUUUUUCUUUCUCAUUUUAGUUUUGGUGGAGAUUUCCUUUUCUCUGGUAUAUGGCCAACUGUAUUUCAUUAAA